AUGAUUCGAGCGUCUACCGUUAUUCUAGUCAUAGUAUGUGUGUCUACUACUCUAGAACAAAGUAUACCAAACUCACCUUGCCCCAACGUAUUCCAAUAUGAGCAGACGGGAUUCGAACCGGGUCAAUGGUAUGGAGUAGUUAACUUAUCGACAGAUAAUACUCUACAUUCUUUAUGGUUGAAUAUCGUGCUCGAUGGCAAAGCGAAUAUCCUUGGGAACUGGGUAGGAGACGUCACAACAAAUGAUAACAUCGAUUUUAAAAUCGAAAACACCAAUAUGAAAAUCCACCCAGGCCCUGCCGUGGCGGUCCGAUUCUUUGUCAGAUAUGACAAACUCAAUAAGCCACCCAGAGUGCAAGCCAUUCGAUUGAAUGGGAGAGAAAUCUGCAAAGCAAAUGCUAAUCCGACUAUUGACAGACCAGAUUUGGUUUCUAGACCUGAUUCAAGACCUAUGUCAGAAUCCCGGCCUGACGUCGCCUCACGGCCAGUCGAGAGACCCGUCUCAACAAGGCCGAACGAGGCAAGGCCGGAAACAAGGCCAGAUACCAAGCCAAUAAUCAGAGCAGAGGACAGCCCUAUUACUCGACCCGUGUAUGGAAGACCGUCUGGCGACGGACCUGUUUAUACGCCUACUCAGAAUCCACCAAUAGACCAAAGCAAUGUAAACCCUUAUAGCAUUGGUGGUAGUGCCCCGUCGCAGAGUGUAACAGAAGGACGUCCCUACCAGCUGACGACGUCCACCUUUCGUACUACUACCAGAGAUGAUGAUGACGACAGCCGCCCCGAUCCAAGUGAAUACUUCGAGGGUGGACAGCCAACAUUCAUCGUUUCUGGUUCUGGAAGUGGCAAUUCCGGUAGCGGCAACUCUGGUGGCGGCAGCAAUGACAACUCGAACAAUAGACGCACAAGGGAUCAAUGUGGAAAAGUAGUGCGGAACUCCCCAAACCCGUUGGUGGUGAAUGGAAAGCCGACACUAGAGGGACAGUGGCCCUGGCAGAUCGCGUUGUAUCAGACCCAGACAGUAGACAAUAAAUACAUAUGUGGAGGCACCCUGGUCAGCCACAGGCACGUGAUAACAGCAGCUCACUGUGUGACCCGCAAAGAGUCUGUUCGAGUCGUUAACAAAAACACGCUAACGGUGUAUCUUGGAAAACAUAACUUGAGAACUACUGUGGACGGAGUUCAGAUACGACUUGUGAGUGACAUUAUAGUUAAUCCACGAUACAACGCGUCGUCAUUUAGCCGUGAUCUCGGUAUUCUGAGGUUGCGGGAAUCCGUCCAAUACACCGACUACGUGAGACCAGCCUGCCUUUGGCCAGAUGAUUUGGUAGACCUUAACAAUGUCAUCGGAAAAACUGGAUCGGUGGUAGGUUGGGGUUUUGAUGAAACAGGGGUAGCAACAGAAGAGCUAACGUUAGUAGAGAUGCCAGUGGUGGACCACUUGACCUGCAUACGGUCCUACAGCGAGUUCUUUUCAAGAUUCACCUCGGAUGACACCUACUGCGCAGGGUUUAGAGAUGGUACAUCAGUGUGCAAUGGAGACAGCGGUGGUGGGAUGGUUUUCAGGAUGCAAGGAUUGUGGUACCUUCGAGGUUUGGUGUCCCUCUCUGUGGCCAAACAUAAUGAAUACCGGUGCGACACGAGCCACUAUGUUAUAUUUACGGACCUAGCCAAGUUCUUGCCAUGGUUAAAGGACAAUAUAAGGGAUUAG